GCAGGGAAGACGCGGGAACAAGCCCUAGCUCGUUUGUCUGCCUCCCUGCAACAUGCGCUCGUUGCCUGCAUUUCUCCUUACGUUCUCUGUGCUCAUUUUUUGUUCGCAUGCUCAAGUUUACCACGAUCCUAACGAGCCCAUCGCCGAUCCUCUGACGGGGAAGAUCCUCACCUCGCGACCGACGGCCUUCGGGAAGUACCUGAACAGCAAGUUCUUGAAUGUUGCUGCGAAGCACAACGGAGGGACGGCGAAGGCAGCGUACAACCAGGAUUUCUACCCCAUCGACAGGGCGAUCGAUGGCGUGACCACGGGGCAUGAGGGAUGGGCAUGGCACGGGAGGAUCGACAAGGCACUUGCCAUGUUCGAGUUCAAGCAGGACUAUCGGGUCUCCAGGAUCCGCUUGCUGUCUGGGGUUGGGAGGUUCAACGAUCACCACGUGACCUCCUUCCAGGUCUGGUACACCAACGCGACAGGCUACAUGCUCCCUCCUGCUGUCCACUGGUUCCCGCACUACCACUGGCAGCCGAUAGUUGACAUGCAGCCAACCACCCUGGACACCGUAGUUGUGGGGAAUCGCGUCUACACCAACGGGGAGGAGGAGGUAGUGAUCAGGUUCAGCCCCGUUCGAGCUCGAGCCUUCCUCCUCAAGGUCGACGCGGCUGACUCGGACGCAAACAAUGCGGUGGUGACAGAGUUCGAAGUCUUCACGGCAGAUGCGGACGAGCCGAACGCGCCGAUCCCUCUCGGGAUCCCUGAGUAUGUCGACCACAGCUGGGUCGCUCCUCCCCCAAAGGGCAUAUCGUGGAAGAGCGUCGAGAUCGCCGGGGCCCUUCCGGGUGCUCCGACGACUCUGUUGCUUCCUGCACCCGACACCGAGCGAGGAGGACUUGACGUCGUGCCUUACAGGCUGUGGAACGAGAGGAUCUCGACGGCGGGGAACAAGUCGAGGGUUCAGUUUGCCUUGACGUACUUGCAAGCCUGCAAGGACCUCGGGUUCGAUGCAGCGGGGGAGAUGCGAAGGCUGUCCAACGGGCGAUGGUUCACCCCCCUGCAUGCUAAGGUUCCCUACCAGCAGUUCCACCUGAAGCCCUCCAAGGCCGCGAGCUACUGCGAGAAGCUCUGCGAUCAGACGCCAAUAGCCGUUGAAGGGCAGGGGGUCCACGUGAGCCCCAACUCAACCUGCAAGGCCCUGGAGGGCUCAGAAUUUCUCUUCGUGGGAGACAGCCGCAUGCGGCACCACUUCCUCGCCACCAUCGCUUACCUGCGUGACGUGAACCUUCGAGGGUAUGUGAACCCCUCCCACCCCCACUUCUACGGCCAGCAGAACCACGAGCACUGGCACCCCCCCGGUCGAGCUGAGUCCUGCAGCUCCGGCAUGCCGCAUGGGUUCGAGCUUGAGUGCGCGGGAGUGACGGGGGGUCAG